AGAUUUUUCCUUACAGCGGAAGUUGCGAGUCCUCUCCCAGUCUGAGCUUGCAUGACUUCACCCAGCAAUGGGAAGAAGUAGGUGGUUGAUCAUUUGGGAAAGCCCUCUUUUUCUUGGACUGCUGACGCGUACAAGAGUCUACGGGCUGCCCAGAAGUGAAGCAGCAUUUUCAUCUUCACCACAUUCCACCAUGUUACUUCAUGUUUUAGUCUUAGCAGCCUUGACUUCCCGGGCUGAGUGUUACUUUGUUGAAGAAAAGUUCCCGGAGGAGUCCGGGAUGCAGCCUCCCACCGUGGUGAUCGCGAUCAUAGCCAGGAAUGCGGCGCAUUCCCUGCCGUACUACCUCGGAGCUCUGGAGAGACUCAACUACCCCAAAGACCGCAUCUCUGUGUGGGCCGCGACAGAUCACAACUCAGACAACACCACAGCCAUUCUGAGAGAGUGGCUCACUGUCAUGCAGAGAUUCUACCAUUACGUUGAGUGGAGGCCAAUGGACCAGCCGACGUCUUAUGCGGGGGAGUUUGGUCCAAAGCACUGGCCCAACAGCAGAUAUGAGUAUGUGAUGAAACUGAAGCAGGCAGCUCUCAACUUUGCCAGAAAACGCUGGGCUGACUACAUAUUGUAUGCUGACACAGACAACAUCCUCACCAACGCAGAAACCCUCAACCUGAUGAUUGCAGAGAACAAGUCGGUCAUCGCUCCCAUGUUAGACUCCCCGGGAGCGUAUUCCAACUUUUGGUGCGGUAUCACACCGCAGGGUUAUUAUCGACGAACAGCGGAAUACUUCCCGACACGUUACCGCCACAGACACGGCUGCUACCCCGUGCCGAUGGUCCACAGCACCCUGCUGCUGGAUCUGAGGAAGGAAGGCAUGAAGAAACUGGCUUUCUACCCUCCUCAUGAAGACUACUCAUGGCCCUAUGACGACAUCAUCGUUUUUGCAUUUUCCUGCCGCGCUGCAGAGGUCCAGAUGUACGUGUGCAACAAGGAGCGCUAUGGCUACCUAAACGUUCCCGGCAAACCUCAUUUCACGCUGGAGGACGAUCGUCUCAACUUUGUCCAUGUCCAUCUGGAGUCACUGAUUGAUGGGCCCACCAUGUAUCCUUCUCGAUACGUUCACAUGUUCCCAAAGCAGAGAGACCUGGUAGGGUUUGAUGAGAUCUAUCUGAUUAACCUGCGACGCCGGCCUGACCGCAGAGACAGGAUGCUGUACUCCCUAAACGAGCUGGAGGUUGACGUCAAAGUGGUAGAUGCUAUAGAUGGAAAUGCACUGAACAGCAGCGACAUUAAGUUCCUGGGUGUCGACUUGCUGCCGGGUUACUAUGACCCGUUCUCUGGACGCACGCUGACCAAAGGAGAGGUGGGCUGCUUCCUCAGCCACUAUUACAUCUGGAAGGAGGUUGUGGACAUGCAAAUGGACAAAGCCCUGAUCUUUGAGGAUGACGUUCGCUUCGAGGCAAACUUCAAGCGACGAGUGCUCAGGUUAAUGGAAGAGGUGGAGCAGGUGGAGCUGGACUGGGACUUAAUAUAUCUUGGCAGGAAGCAAGUGAAUCCUGGAAAGGAGGUGGCGGUGGAGAACGUUCGGAACCUGGUGGUGGCCGACUAUUCGUACUGGACUCUGUCCUACGCCAUCUCUCAGCAGGGAGCCCAGAAACUGCUCAAUGCUGAGCCGCUCUCUAAGAUGCUCCCUGUCGAUGAAUUCCUCCCCAUCAUGUAUGACAAACAUCCCAAUGAGGACUACAAGUCCCAUUUCCCCAACAGAAACCUGCAAGCCUUCAGCACACGCCCCCUUCUGGUACAGCCAUGUCAAUACGCCGGCGAUCCUGAGUGGGUGAGUGACACAGAGACCUCCACGCUGUGGGAUGAUGACUCAGUAAGGACUGAUUGGAGAGGCUCCCAUAAAACACUGAAGGGGGCUGCGCCACCGCCUGAGAUGCUGUCUGCCUCCUACAGGGACGAACUUUAGUGCCGGGACGCUGGGAGGUCAGAAAGACGGACGCUGAGGGGACAACAUGAUGUCAGACUUAAUAUCAGUCGGUUUGAUGAGGCAGACAUGCUCAUUGUCCUAAGAGCUGGACUUUUUCCAUUUUUAUUGUUGUAGAGGGUGUGUGGUACUCCAUGGAUGAUCUUGGGGGUUAUUUAUUGACUCACUCUGUAGCAGCAUGCUUUAAAUGUUAUGCAGAAACUUGCACAACAAAUUUCCUCAAUCAAUUUAGAGUUUUUAAAGUUUUUAUUGUUACUUCUUCUUUGAUGGGUGUGAAAGAAAUUGUGUGUUUCAUGUGUGCCUGUGGUGACUGUAUAUCCAGAAAACGGAUCUCACAGCGUUUGUCUCUAAGUCUGUCAAAAGGUUGGAGGAUGCCAUUUCCUUUUUAGUGUAAACAAUUUGUAUUGUAAUUUUUUAGGUAUUUUUUUUUUAUUCCAGUGG